AUGUCGCAGCAGCGACAGACGUGCGUGACGGACCUGCCGGCGACGGCCCUGGAGAAGAUCAUACGGGACGCGAGGAACGUGCACAAUGCUCGCCUCGUCUGCAAGGAGUUUGCGUCCGCGCUGUACCUGACGCGGUCCGUGUACGUGUGGAGAAACAGCGGCGACGAUCGCGCCCAGACGGCGUACGUCAAGAAGCUCACGGGCCUGUCCAGGCUCAUUUUCCAACCGGCUCCGAGCGAACGCUUCUUCACCUCCAUCUGCGAGAGCUGCACGCGCCUCACAACGCUCAUCGUCAAGGACGUGAAGCGCCACAUCACCGCCCACGGGUUCUCCGCCUUGGCCAAUCUGAAGUGCCUCAAGGUGCUGGAAGUGUCCGCCUUCGUGCCGAGCCAGUCGCUCGCGGCGAUCGCCGCGGUCAAGUCGCUGACGCACCUCACCUUCGUGGGACUCGCGUCGUCGACGCUCGAGCCCCUCGCCGAGCACCCGAACCUCGAGGUCCUGGACAUCGAGAGCGCGUUCGCGCUCGGCGACUCCUCCCUCGAGCCUCUGCGGACCCUCCCGCAGCUGAAGCGCGUCACCCUGACGGACUGCGAGCAAGUCACGGGGUCCUCGAUCGCCACGUUCGCCAACGCGCCCGAGCUGCGGUCCGUCGCGCUGCUGAUCUCCAGCGCGAAGCGUGGGAAGGACGACGCGCCGGCCCGGCCGGCCGGCGGCCACGGCGGCGGCGGCGGCGGCGGCGGCGACGGACCCGACGGCGGGCACCACCCGCCGCCGCCGCCGUUCCGCGGGCCCGGCGCCGCCGACAGCGACUCGGACGACGACGGGGCCGGCCCGAGCGCGCCGGCGCAGCCCGCGAUGACGCGCGUGCGUCACGUGCCGUGGGCGUCGCGUGGGGUGGAGCGCAGGCCGCGCCUGGCCGAGCCGGAGGCGCCGCUGCUGCUUGACACGUCGUCCUCGGACGAGGAGCGCGCGCGGGACCACGGGGCCGGGCGCAGGGGGCUGGUGCCGUCGCCGUCGCUGUCCGCACGCGGGCGGCUGCGGUUCGACGAGCAGCUGCGCAGCGGGCGGCGCGCACGCGACGAGCAGGCGCUCAUCGAAGACGAUCUGCGGUCGGCGCAGAGGCACUGCGAGGAGUUGGAGCUGGAGAUGGAGCGCGAACCGCGGGUGGCGGGGCUGAGCCGCGGCGGCGGGACGACUCCGGAGGGCCUCUCGGUGGGUCUGGAGCGCGCUCUGCUCCCGGAGGACGGCAGCAGGUUCACGGAGCUGAAGAUCGAGGGCGCCACGGUCAACGCCGAGGCGCUCGCGAACCUCGGCCUCGUGACGUCGCUCAGGACGCUGUCGCUCGCCCGGUGCACGUUCGUCUCCGCGUCGCUCGCCGGCCUGACGGGGCUCAUCAACCUCAAGGUGCUGAAUCUCGCGUCCUGUGGUCCGAUCGGGCCGGGGCCGGCGCCGGAGGGCGAGGAGCAUGGCGACGACUCGGCUGCGUCGCUCGCGCGCCGGGAGAGCACCGCGCUGCGCCACCUGACUCAUCUGAGCGACCUGAGGACCCUCGACCUGACUGGAUGUUGGGGGGGGUCCGACGACUCCUCCGGCCGCGAGAUAGGCCGCCAACCCGGCCUGGACCUCUCGCCGCUGGUGCACCUCCAGCGCCUCACGGUGCUGUCCAUCACGUGCCUCCCGGCCCACGGCCGCGAGGGCGCGCACCCGCUCGCCCCGCUCGCCGAGCUGCCCAACCUGACGGAGCUCGUUGUGCAACACGUGCCCCGCGAGCGCACGCAGCCGCCGGACGGCGGGCUCGCGUGGCGGCGCGGCGAGCAGCUCGCGCUCGCCCUCCGCGCCGCGUCCGCCUGCCCCGCGCUGCACCGCCUGAGCAUCACCAGCAAGUACUCUGAUCAGUCGCACCGUCGCCCGCCGACGCGCCGGCAGCUCGAGCAAGGCGGCGGCGACGGCGCGGGCGGCGCGGGCGCGGCGAACGCGAGCGCGGCGGGGCCCGGGGAGGUGUCGAUGCUGGACACGGCGUGCGCUUGCGUGUCUGGGAUGACGCACUUGCGGUCGCUGGAGCUGGACGGGGCUGAGCUGACGUGUCUCGGCGUGGACGCGCUGCUCACGGCCGCGCCGCGGUCGAUGUCGAGCGUCGUGCUGCACGGGUACCACCGCUGCUGCCAGGCCGGGAGCGGCGGGAACGGGAACGGGAAUGGCGCGCACGCGCACGCCGCGCACGUGCCGGCCGGGGGCGCGCAGGCCGCGGGCGCGGCCGCGACGGACUGCACGACGUGUCGUCGUAUCGCAGCUGCGCUGUCGUCGUCCGACGAGGGGCGCACGCGUCACGGACGGCCCGUCUUGUGUCUGUUGUAG